CAUUGGUGGCCUAAUAAACAUAAUAAUAACCUGAUGGCGGAAGCAAUGUGUGUGAGGUUUAAAUGUUUAGGUAAUACCUAGAUAAAUUGGAGUGUUCCUGUUGUCUCUGGGAUUACAACCUGAAAAGUGCCUGCCCCACGGCAGAAUGAAUUACGGAAAGCGUAUAGCGUUGAUUCCUAUUACCAGCAAAUGCAGCAGUGUGAAGAGUAUGAAGGCGAGCUCUUCCAUUAGCUCCACCAUGAACACCGACAGUGAGAGUAUCAUGGGCUUUGACGAUUUUGAGGAUGAUGUGAAAGAUAAUGUAAAAAGGAAAACCCGUAACCUCAGUGAAAAGAAACGUCGAGACCAGUUCAACAUGCUGGUAAAUGAACUGUGUUCCAUGGUCUCUGUCAACAACAAGAAAAUGGACAAGUCUACUGUACUGAAGUCCACCAUUGCAUUCUUGAAGAACCACCAAGAAAUUGCAGUUCAGUCUCAAAUCCAUGAAAUAAAGGAGGACUGGAAGCCAUCUUUCCUGUCCAAUGAUGAAUUUUCUCAACUGAUGCUUGAGGCCCUGGACAGUUUCCUCAUUGUCUUCACAGUAAAGGGGAAGAUCCUGUAUGUGUCAGAGAGUGUAACAUCUCUACUAGGGCACCUUCCAAGUGAUCUCGUUUCUAAGUCUUUGUUUAACCUUUUACAUGAAUAUGAUCGAGAGAAAGUCUCCAACUUUCUGCAGGAUUUCCACUCCAUGGCCAACACAUCAGCAGAGUUUGGUAAAGAAGAAAAUCAGAUCUCAUUCAAGUGUCAUAUCCAGUGUGGAACCAUCAACCCUCAAGAGCUCCGUGUAUUUGAGGAGGUGGAGUUCACAGGAACAUGCCGUCCCUGGGAUGGUGAUGAAGAUGCCCAGUCUGACACUGACAACUAUGUAUACAUGCAAUCACCCACCAUGGAUUCCACAUGCCUCUGCUGUACAGUGAGACUACAGACAACCAAGAUUAUACGUGAAAUGCCAAAACAAACUGACCUGGCAGCAGAAUUCACAUCCAGACAUUCACUUGGCUGGAAAUUUCUGUUUUUGGAUCACAGGGCGCCUCCAGUCAUAGGUUACCUCCCCUUUGAACUGCUUGGCACAUCCGGGUAUGAUUACUAUCAUCCUGAUGACCUGGACAAUAUUGCCCGAUGCCAUGAACAGUUGAUGCAGACUGGUGAAGGUACCUCCUGUCACUACCGCUUCCUUACCAAGGGCCAGCAGUGGAUCUGGCUCAAGACACAUUACUAUAUUACCUACCACCAGUGGAAUUCAAAGCCUGAAUUCAUUGUCUGUACGAACACAGUUGUCAGCUACUCGGAGGUUCGCAACAGUAUUCGUAAAGAGAUGGGGAUGGCAGAGGAGGACGACUCAGAAAUGGUGUCUGUGGAUGAGACAGAGAUGGAGAAAGGCCAGCACAGUCCAUCAUGUUCUGUGACGUCUGGACCAGCCUCUCACCUACUCUCUGCUGCCUCAGUCCAUUCUGAAACACCUGAUGCCACUGUCACAGGUGCCAGUCAGUUAGAGGUGUCAGAAAGUAGUCAGAUGCCUCACUCAACACAACUGGAUCGAUCCAUCUCCAGUAAACCACUAACUAGCAACCUGCAGACAUUCCUUCAGCAGCAGCAGCAGCAGCAGCAGCAGCAGCCUUCACAGUCUCAGACAGUGCAGGAGAAACCAUCCCCAACCCCGUCUACACCAGUGUUGCCACAGGUGAUCCCAAGGGGAAUGGUGCCAGUCAACAUAAUGAGUUUACCUCAUGGCAUGUUGGCCGUCCAACAAAAUCAGUUGUCCCGGGUAACAAUGGGAGAUGCAGUUAGUGUGGUUCCAUCUUUGUCACCAGCUCCAGUUAUGAGUCCUCAAGAAAAUCUUCUUCAGCAGCCACAGAUAUUCAUGACUCAGGCACAACGCCUUCUUCAUGACCAAUUGCUUCACAAGUCCGAACAGCUUCAGGAUGCCAUCCGACACCAGCAAGAGGAGUUGAGACAGAUCACAGAGCAACUCACACGAGCACAGCACCUCUCCACCCCUGUAGUUCAAGGCCCACCAGACACCUCUCACUCACUGAUCCUUCAGCCCCAGGUCCAGCCAAUGACCAUGGCUGCUACAGGCCAGCAAGUCAUGAUGAUUCCACAGAUGAGCACGCUGAGUGUUAUCAAACAACCGCAGCAGCAACACCAACAGCAGAUUCAGCUGCAUCAACAGGUACAGAUCCAGCAAGUACAACAGCAUCAGCUGCAGCCUUGUCUUCCCUUCCAGAUCGUCCCAGAGGCUGACGAUGUCAACUUUAAUAAUCAAGAAAUGUCCGACAACUAGACUACCGUCACUGUCAGUGUUCAUGCACAUCUUUGGCGACUCUUCACUUUAAGUGAUAAGGAUACUUCUCAGGGUGGACAAGGUUCCAAGGUUCCAGUAGUGGGAUACCUCAUAGCAACUCGCUGACCUAGGCAGUAUGUGCUUUGUAUGAGGAAUGUACAUGGCUGUUGACAAUAGCAGUUGUUUACUCUCGUCAAGUUGGUGAAGUAAAAGGAAUGCAUGAUUGAUGAAAAUGCAAAUAUGGCUAUCCAUGUAUAUCAUCCCACGAUACACUGUGUUGAAGUCAAGACUGAGAACCUGGUUGUAAGUUAUUGACAGAUAUUAAUCAUGUUCCCGAUGUCAUAUAAUAAGGGGUACAACGUUAUUUGUAUAUAGACUUUCAAACUUGCAUAAAUACCUGUGCUAUUUCCACAGUUCUGUGUUCUCUAUGAGAACAAACAGGAAUUGUCCUAUUUAACGUGUACAUUUCAUGGCAACCUUUACUUAAGGCUUUGUGUCAUGUUAAUUUAAUUUAAUCCAUGCAGUGUAAAGUGUUCAAGUUUAUUAUGAAGGGGAAAACUCUAGACCCCUCUGUAUAAGGUAGAUUAGUUUUAUCUUUUCCCACUUACUAGUCAGCUUCCACGGGAAGAAGCUCAGUAUCUGAAUGCACAAAUGGAUAAGUAUGUAUGAUAAACAGUGAGCUUCAUGGCAAAUAUUGCAAGAUUAGUUUUCAGAAGUUGACCUUAUUGCAAAAGUAUUCUUCAAGGAGGUAACAUAGCAGUAUGUUCAUGCUCAGUUCUUGUUCUCUAAAAUGAAGUAAAGUAUGACUGUUCUUGUCAUGAAACUCUUGUUAUAUAAUAUGUGGCAGUCUAAAUUAUUGGAAUUUCCAAAUGACAACAGUUCCUAAGCAAUUGGCCUUGGUGGCUUCUGUGAUCAUGUGUGUAGGUG